CCCACCCCCAAAGAACUAUUGUGUUUGUGGAUAUGUGUAAUUUUACUUAUCAAUAAAUAAAUGAAAACAUAAAUGAAAAGUUAUUCUAUAUUUUUGAAUUGCGGGCCGAUUCGCCAACAAUAAAAUGGUGAACGCCGAGUUGCCAUAGACGGAAUCUCGGUCUACCGAAUGAGAUCAUCCGCUUUAGAAACGAAAUAGGCUUGUGAAACGUCAAGACACAUUCAUGUAUUCAGCAGAUUGCGCCUCCAGUUUUCUAUUACCUUUACGUGAAUGUUUGAAGUGGCGUGCAAUCAGGCGUGAAAAAUUCAGAAAUAUAGAUAAUUCACAAAUUGUUUGAUCUUGCAUUAGAAAAAUGAAUGCCGUGUUUGGGAAUUUUCUGAAAGCCAUACCAAUACAGUUAAUGGAAAUAAUAUGGUAGAUAAUCCUCCUGUUUCAUAAAAUACGUAAUGAAAAGGCAACCUUUCUGAACUGUCAAGUAUUGUGACGUUACUACAGAGCACGUGCGCACGCGCAACGCAACUUCCACGAUCUUUCAACAGAUGGAUAUUUGUCGUAUAGGUAUAACCUCGUGCGUCAGUUCAGUUCAGUUUCUGGUCAUCGUUGCAGCCUGACCAUACGACUGUGAUAGUGCCUCCGGAACCCAAUUCUUUUACAAUAUCUGAUUCUAUAUUUUCUACACUGACUAAUAAUUCGAGAAUAAAGUAUCACAUCAUGGAUCAUCACAGUGCUCAGUUAAUGGAAGACAUAGUAUUGGAAGAUAGAAGACCACCAAAGAGCAAUAGCAAAAAUACUUCAACUAAGAAGUCAACCAAGGACACCGGUAAAAUACAGAAUGUUCCAAGGACCAGUGUGCCCACGCAACGAGUCCCUGAUAAAUCGAAUAAUGUGCCAACGAAUCUUAAAGUUGAAAUGCAAAUGCUGAGAAUUACAGACGAUUCAGAAAGGCAACUUUAUGAAACGUUGAAACACAUAUACGGCACUAAAUUCCGACUUGCGGAUGCCUCAGAAUUCAAGGACCAAAAAUCAAACUUGGGCAAACAAUAUUGGAUGGAACGUGGAAAUUUGGUAAUAAAAGGUGUUGUUGAUUAUUCUUCCAAAGAAAAUACUCCCAAGACUCAUGAACAAAUCACCAGACAAUUUGCAACUUCGAAACUCGAAAGCUACAGCUUUCACACAUCACAUUGCAUCGAAGCAUUGGAACAUGCGAAAGGAAAUGUCGGAAGUGCGUUAGAAAUAUUGUUUUCAAAGUACUACGGAGUAGAAAAUCUACAGCGAAUGAAUAAUAUUGAAGAUAUAUCCAAAGACGAAUUACUUGAGAGACAAAACGAUGAAAAAAUGGCUCUCGAGUCAAUAUAUGGAGAGUCGUUUGUUGAGAAAAUAAAAAAUCGAAUUUGGAUAAUCAACUUGAAACUAGACUAUCUGGUAGAAGAAAAAAAAGAUAAGACAACAGUCUCAAAACCUGUCAAGAUAGAUAAAAAUAUUUGUCGUUUAUUCGCCAGUGGAAGUUGCAGGUUUGGUAACAAGUGUAAAUUUGUGCACAGACAACCUGACGUCGUUCAACAGACUAUACCAAAGGAUGAUGCUCUUUUUACUUUGGAAAUAAGAUUUCCAGAUCAUCUGAUCUACCCCUACGAUCCGCCAUACUUUUAUUUUUACAAGAAUACGCCUCCUUAUCCAAAGCUAAACUGUUUACGAAUAGCAAGACGUCUUUACAAUGAGGCAUUGGAGCACUGUGUGGAUGGUGCUCCGUCAAUAUUUUCAGCAGUAUCUAUAUUAGAAAAUGAGUUUGAAAUCCAGUCAUACUUGGUAGAAAGUAAGGAGCAAUUCUUAGACAAAGAUGAUCCACUAUUCCCAAAAUCGAUAAACAGCGAACAUGACCAGCAUAUACCGACACACUACAAAAAAGGGUCUACAAAUAGACGAAACAGAGACAAUGUAUCGUGGAAAGAAAUUUCUAAACAAGAUGACGAAAUAAGAACUAAAUUCAUGGAGAAGCAGAAGAGUCCAAGGUACCUGAAAAUGAAGGAAGCUCGAAGAAAACUGCCUGCUUGGUCAAAAAUGAAUGAAAUCUUAGACACUAUUCAUGAAAGUCAGGUGACUGUGAUUUCUGGUGAGACCGGGUGUGGUAAAAGUACUCAGGUGCCUCAAUAUUUACUAGAUGAUUGGAUAAUUAAUAGAUCAGAAACAAACAGAGAGCAUGUCGAAAUAGUUUGCACACAGCCUCGUAGAAUCAGUGCUAUUGGAGUUGCGGAAAGAGUGGCUGCGGAACGAGACGAUCGUAUAGGAAACACUGUAGGAUAUCAAAUACGAUUAGAAAGUAAAGUGUCUUCCACAACAAGAUUGACCUUUUGCACAACAGGAAUCUUGUUGCAAAGGUUUUCAGGAGAUCCAGAUCUGUCUUCUGUGACUCAUGUCAUUGUAGACGAGGUACACGAGAGAAGUGCUGAAAGUGAUUUUUUGUUAAUGUUAUUGAAAGAACUGCUCUCCAAGAGGCCGGAUUUGAAGAUUAUUCUCAUGAGUGCCACCCUCAAAGCUGAUACAUUCUCAACUUACUUUGGAAAUACUCCUACUUUGGAUAUUCCUGGAAGAACUUUCCCUGUCGAGCAAAUUUUCCUAGAAGAUAUUCUGGAAAGAACUGGCUUUGUAGUUGAAGAGAAUUCACGGUUUACUCGAAGGAUCAAAGGCGGGUUUGAAAAACUAGAAACUGAAUUAGAAUCCGCUGAUGUUGAAGCUAUGGCUGGUGUCUACCCCAAAGAUAAUAUAUUAGACGAAAAUCUGGUCCUUGCCCAACUCAUGGCAAGAUAUGAAGGAUAUUCGAAACAAACUUACAAGAAUCUGUACAUCUUGGAUCCGGAGAAAAUUAAUUGUGAGUUGAUUGAAAAUGUUUUAGAAUGGAUUGUCAGCGGAGACCAUGAUUAUCCAAGGACUGGUUCAAUACUGGUAUUCCUACCAGGUAUUGCAGAGAUAAUGUCACUGAAAGACGCGCUUCAUAACAAUAAGUCACUAUCGCCAAAAAGUGGAAAUUUUAUUAUCGUACCGUUGCACUCGUCUCUAUCUAGUGAGGAUCAGAGCUUAGUGUUUAAGAAAAUGAAAGAUGGUGUUAGAAAAAUUGUUCUCAGUACAAAUAUAGCUGAAACGUCAGUAACGAUAGACGAUUGCGUGUUUGUUGUGGAUACAGGAAAAAUGAAGGAAACGAGAUUCAAUUCAAAUCAGAAUAUGGAAAGUUUAGAUAUGUGUUGGGUCUCCCGAGCAAAUGCCAUGCAAAGGAAAGGACGAGCUGGCCGAGUCAUGCCAGGAGUCUCCAUACAUCUUUAUACAUCACACAGAUUUAAACAUCAUUUCUUGGCACAGCCGAUUCCGGAAAUAUUGCGAAUAGCUUUAGAAUCUUUGCUGUUGCGAAUCCAAAUCAUGAGUAAAGGAAAAGUAGUUGAUCUUCAUGAUAUACUGAGCAAAGUGCUGGAGCCUCCAUCUGAGGACAGUAUUUCAGAUGCAAUAAAACGUUUACAAGAUGUAGGAGCUAUAGCUCCAGAUUGUAGUUUAACUCCAUUAGGUCACCACUUAGCUGCCUUACCCCUCGACGUUCGCAUAGGAAAACUAAUUCUUUUCGGAGCUAUUUUCUGUUGCGUUGACUCUGCAUUAACAAUUGCAGCCUGCUUGUCCCAUAAAAGUCCUUUUGUUGCGCCAUUUGACAAAAAGCAUGAACUUGAUGCAAAGAAAAAGGAUUUUGCUACAGCAAAUUCAGAUCAAUUGACUAUUCUAAAAGCUUACAAGAAAUGGCUAGAUGCUUGUUCACAUAGCUCGUAUGCGGGUCAAGUUUUUGCUAACGAGAACUAUUUAUCUACGAGAACACUACAAACAUUAGCUGAUGUUAAACAUCAACUUUUAGAACUUCUGGUAUCAAUUGGCUUUGUUCCGGUCGAUGUAGGAAGACGACGAGCAGGAGAUGACAGGAUCUUGGAAAUAACGGGACCAGCAAUGAAUUCGAACAACGAAAAUUAUAAAUUGCUACAAGGACUUUUGUGUGCUGCCUUGUACCCAAAUGUAGCCAAAGUUUUCACGCCAGAAAAAUCAUUUCAACUACAAUCAGCUGGCGCUAUACCAAGACAGCCCAAACCAGAGGAGUUGAAGUUUAAAACUAAAGAUGGAUAUGUGAACAUGCAUCCUUCUUCGGUCAACUUCACAGUCGGUCACUUUUCUAGCCCAUACUUAGUUUUUCAAGAAAAAAUUAAGACGAGCAGAAUAUUUAUAAGGGAAGUAUCAAUGGUACCGAUGCUGGCGUUAGUCUUGUUCUCUGGCUAUGGUAUCGAUAUAGAGUUACACAAUGGAACUUUCAUCUUGUCACUAGAAGAUGGCUGGAUAAUGUUCAGCGUUGAAUCGCACAGGGUUGCUCAACUGUUGCAACGCAUGCGAGUUGAAUUGGUUAAACUUCUCGAAGAAAAGAUGCAGGACCCUUUAUUGAAUCUGGUUCACCACUCGAAAGGAAAAAAAAUUAUUCAAACCAUCGUGAAUAUAGUAACCAGAGACUAGACGUUCUAAGUAUCAAAUAAAUUAUUUUUAAUAAUAUUCCUCACGUUUAAUUUUAAAACCGCUUAAAUUUUUUAAUUGAUUUUGACUUUGAUUUUCUCAGAUUUCAUGAAAUUUGAUUGAAUUCAUUCGACGUAUCUAUACCUACUUAAAUGGAUCGUAUUUGUGUUAUAGAUCUAUACACGCAUAUCUGCACACUUAAAACUUGUGACAAUUAUUCGACAAUGUGUCCUAAAACUGUAAAAAGGCAUUGUAAAUAUUCAUCAAUAUUAUCUAUACGGAAUACCUGGAAAAUAAUAACGGACAGUGAACUAAAUAAUUCAGAGAGAUAAAUAUAUUUCAAAUAUGUUUACAAAAAACAGAAAAAAUCGUGCAUUACCGUAGUUAUUGCUGGAAGCCCAUUUACUUCUAAUCGUUACCUCUGUACACAUUAUAGUAUCCGUAACUAGUGGAGUGCUACAUAGUUGACAAAUUAACAUAUGUGAUGCUGAAUAUUGAUGUAAGGUUUAUUAAAUCUUUAAGCAUGUAAGCUAUAACAUGAAACUUAGAAUUACACAGAUGACGGAGGAUGUGGCGGAUGAGGAGGAGGAGGAGGAGGAGGUGGUGGUGGUGGUGGUGGUCCCCAAGCAUGUGAGGGGGUGGAUGAGAAUCUGGUCGUGAAUAUUGAUGUAAAGUUUAUCAGAUCUUAAGCAUGUAAGCUAAAACAUGGAAUUUAGAAUUACAUAGAUGGCGGAGGAGGUGGGGGAGGAGGAGGAGGUGGUGGUGGUGGUCCCCAAGACAUAUGAGGGUGUGGAUAAGGA